AUGUCAACAAGACCGCCCUCUCGCGUGGUAUUUGUGGGAAACAUCCCUUACGGUCUCUCAGAAGAACAAAUUACGGAAAUCUUCAGCCGCGCCGGCAAGGUCGAACGAUUCCGACUAGUAUAUGAUUCCGAAACGGGUCGUCCAAAGGGUUUUGGAUUUGCAGACUAUCCAGACACCGACAGUGCUUCGUCUGCUGUACGAAAUUUGAACGACUUUGAGGUUAUGGGUCGCAAGCUCCGCGUCGACUUUUCUAAUGAACAAAAGAGUGGUGACGAUGACAAUAGCCAAUCCAUGUCGAACCCGACGAAUGGCACGCCUACCAACGCAUACGGCGCACAAGCGAUCUCGCUACCUCCUCUCCCUGCCGGCAAAGAAAUUCCCCCAGGACUGACCUGCACCGACGCCAUCUCACGAACCCUCAACACCCUCCCCCCGUCCCAACUGCUCGAUAUCCUCGGCCAGAUGAAGACGCUGGCUACCUCUGAACCCCAGAGAGCAACAGAACUCCUCCAGCAGGCGCCGCAACUUUCGUAUGCCGUAUUCCAGGCACUCCUUCUCAUGGGUCUGGUAUCCCCCGAAGCCAUCCAGUCUGUCGCCGAUCCUACGGCACCUCUGCCGGCGCCGCAGCAGCCAGCGACGGCGUAUCCCGGCUCUGCAGCCGUGUCCGGCUACCCAACUGCGAAUAACAACACACCACCGGUAGCCGGUAUGCCAUAUGCGCCCCCUACAGCAGCAGCAGUAACAACGACAGCCCAGCCGAGUUAUGGCGCCCCCGCGGCACCACCACCAGCACCUGCGACAGCCCAGGACCCCGACGCUCUGAUGAGAGCAGUCAUGGAUCUGACACAGGCCCAAAUUGACAUGCUUCCGGAAGCUGAUAAACAGCAGAUCAUGGCCCUGAGAGCCACAUUUGCCGGUCAGCGGAGGUAA